UUUAUAAAACGUUCAUUUUCAUCACUUGCCUGCCGCUUAAACAUGAAUAUAAGGAGGAUCUUGGGAGUUACGUUUUUAGGCACUUUGCUUUUUGUGUCGUCUAUACUAAUAAUAUACCACGUCUUAACUAAUAAGGGAGAACGCAUAAGCUUUGGCUGGUUUCUGGAAAAAACUUCACCCCACAUGUGGGCCGGCUUGGGCAUUGGUCUGUCUGUUUCCCUCUCAGUGGUCGGGGCUGCAGCUGGUAUUCAUACUGUAGGGGUUAGCAUUAUUGGUGGUGGUGUAAAAGCGCCUAGAAUCAAAACAAAGAAUCUUAUUUCAGUCAUCUUUUGCGAAGCUGUGGCUAUUUAUGGCUUGAUAACUGCUAUAGUAUUAUCUGGUUACUUAGAUGAUUUUACAUGGGAGAUUGUUACCAAAGAUCAGUUUCUGUUUAAUAAAAAUUGGAUGUCUGGGUAUUUAAUGUUUGGAGCCGGGUUAUCUGUAGGCUUAGUUAAUUUAUUUUGCGGUAUUUGUGUGGGAAUUGUUGGUUCAGGAGCUGCUUUGGCCGAUGCAGCCAAUUCUGCACUGUUUGUCAAAAUCCUCAUUGUUGAGAUUUUUGGGAGUGCUAUAGGUUUGUUUGGCUUGAUUGUAGGAAUAUUUAUGGUGUCGAAAGUGCAAAUGGGUGAUAAAAUUCAUUAGUAAGUUGUUAUUGUUUAAAUGUAGUAAUUGUCCAUGUGUGUAUAAAUCUGUGUAAAAACUGCCCUUCCUUUAUCACUUACCAUAAGAAUAUCAUUGGUACUUUAGAAGAAAAAAGAUUUUCACCAUAUGAGGUUUUUGUUAUUGCCUUUUAGGUUUAUUUUGUGUUACUGUGUAUUGAUUUUCAGGUUGCCUCCCAUAAUGUCCACACAGUUCAAUAAAGGUCCCUUGUAUAAUGGUUGAUAAUACUAGAACUAUUGUCUUGAAAAUUGAGAGUUGAAAAAUGAAUCAAGUUUCCUGUGAUAUAUUUUUAUCACAAUUUUGGAGGUUUGUUUAGAUGAAAAACUUGAAUUAAUCGACAAUUAUGGUAUAUCGUUCACAUGGCACCACAUGCGAUCAGAGUUUUAUGGAUAAGUUAAAGUUUCCUAUCUAAAGGAACCCCCGAAAUGAAAACUUGGUGAACUUUGUUGAAUUGAACAAAUAUUUAGCGACACCCUAUAUUUGAAAUAAAUUACCUUAGGUAAAUGCUGAACAACUGCACUGGAAGAUACACCAAAACUGCUAUCUCUUUAGGAUCAGAAUAUAUUUAUUUAUUUAUUUAAUUUAUUUAUACAUUAGUACUUGUAUGUUACUAUUUAGGUAUGUUAAAAUGAACAUUUUGUUCUAAAGUGCAAAACAAAGCUCCUGUGUCUGUUAUUCAUUUGACUUGAGAGUUAAAUAUUGUUUCCAAAAAGAUGAAACAAAAGUUCUUUGAAGGAGGUGAUCUCAUUACUUUAUUUUAAGUUUAGAAGUCAAAAAUAAUAAAUUUCCAUAGAAUGUUGUAAUUUUAGGACAAUCUCAAUAACAUUUAAAAUUCCAUCAAGCUUAUUU